CUUCUGGCGUGACGUUUUCGGAUGAAUGACGCUUCAAAUAUGAACCGGAGCCGUCGAGGCUUCACGCGCUUCAGCGGAGCAGUGCGCGUUCACAUGUCGACCUAAAGGUCUGCGAAAGAAAAAGAAAACACAAACAAAACGGAAGCAGUGUCGGAAGAGGUGGAACAGCUGGACUACAUCUGAAUUAUCGUCCACUUUCAGAAAUGAGCGGCGCAAAGAGCAAGAUGGAAGACGAGGCCGUGUUGGACAGAGGGGCGUCCUUUCUCAAACAUGUGUGUGAUGAUGAGGAAGUCGAAGGCCAUCACACCAUCUACAUUGGCGUGCAUGUACCUAAGAGCUACAGACGGCGGAGGCGCCAUCGCCGGCGCACCAGCCACAAGGAGAGGAAGGAAAAGGUGACAGAGCAAACAGAGGAGACGAGCAGCAGCAUCCUCAAACCGAUCGACAACGCAUGGGGGAGCAGCUCUUUCCCAGUUUCUCCAGCAGCCGAACGCAUUCGCUUCAUCCUCGGCGAGGAUGAUGAUGGGCCAGCGCCUCCGCAGCUUUUCACUGAGCUGGAUGAACUCCUUGCUGAGGAUGGCCAGGAGAUGGAAUGGAAGGAGACAGCCAGGUGGAUCAAGUUUGAAGAAAAGGUGGAAAAGGGUGGAGAGCGCUGGAGCAAACCUCAUGUGGCGACACUCUCUUUGCAUAGUCUGUUUGAGCUGAGAACGUGUAUAGAGAAGGGCACCAUCAUGCUGGAUCUGGAAGCUUCCACUCUGCCUCAGGUUGUGGAGAUGAUUACGGACAAUCAGAUUGAUACCGGCCUUUUGAAGGCAGACCUGAGGGAUAAAGUCACCUAUACCUUGCUGAGAAAGCAUCGUCACCAAACCAAGAAAUCCAACCUACGCUCCCUGGCCGACAUCGGCAAGACGGUCUCCAGUGCAAGUAGGAUGUUUUCCAACACGGAUAAUGGUAGUCCCGCCACUGCACAUCGAAACCUGAAGUCAAGCAGCAUGAAUGAUAUCUCUGAUAAACCAGAAAAGGAUCAGCUGAAGAACAAGUUUAUGAAGAAGUUGCCCAGGGAUGCUGAAGCCUCCAACGUGCUAGUUGGAGAAGUGGACUUCCUGGAUGCACCCUUUGUGGCCUUUGUGAGGCUACAGCAGGCCGUCAUGCUGGGAGCACUAACAGAAGUGCCAGUUCCAACCAGGUUCCUUUUUAUUCUUCUCGGCCCCAAAGGCAAAGCCAAGUCGUAUCAUGAAAUUGGUCGAGCCAUUGCCACGCUUAUGUCUGAUGAGGUCUUCCAUGAUAUUGCGUACAAAGCCAAGGACAGACAAGAUCUGCUUGCUGGCAUCGACGAGUUCUUGGAUGAGGUCAUCGUCCUCCCUCCUGGCGAAUGGGACCCUGCCAUCAGGAUAGAACCUCCAAAGUCCCUCCCAUCUUCAGACAAAAGGAAGAACAUGUACGCCGGAGGGGACAACGCACAGAUGAAUGGAGACACGCCUCACGAUGGAGGCCACGGUGGUGGAGGACACGCCAUCGGUGAAGAGCUGAAAAAGACAGGGCGUUUUUGUGGAGGCCUUAUACUUGACAUUAAAAGGAAAGCCCCGUUCUUUGCCAGUGAUUUCUAUGAUGCACUGAACAUCCAGUCGCUGUCUGCCAUCCUGUUCAUCUAUUUGGGAACAGUUACCAAUGCAAUCACGUUUGGAGGUCUGCUGGGAGAUGCCACGGAAAACAUGCAGGGUGUGCUGGAGAGUUUUCUGGGCACAGCUGUGUCUGGAGCUGUUUUCUGCCUCUUAGCUGGGCAGCCCCUCACCAUCCUCAGCAGUACAGGGCCAGUACUUGUGUUUGAGAGACUGCUCUUCAACUUCAGCAGAGAUAACGAGUUUAAUUACCUGGAGUUCCGGUUGUGGAUUGGCCUAUGGUCAGCCUUCCUCCUCAUGGUGUUGGUGGCCACAGACGCCAGUUUCCUGGUGCAAUACUUCACGCGCUUCACAGAAGAGGGCUUUUCCUCGCUGAUCAGCUUCAUCUUCAUCUACGACGCCUUCAAGAAGAUGCUGAAGCUGGCCCACCACUAUCCCAUCAACUCUGACUACAAAGUCGACCAUGUCACGCAGUAUGAAUGCAUGUGCAUGGCACCCACUAUAGUAAACAGCUCAGACGUGUUCGCAGUUUCACUAGAAGAGACCUCUAUGUGGUUCUACAACUACACGGAUCUACCCUUAAAUGCUACCUGGUCCUCUCUGACAAAGAAGGAAUGCCUGAAGUAUGGUGGAGAGUUGGUGGGAAAAGCCUGCGACUAUGUGCCCGACAUCACCCUCAUGUCCUUCAUCCUGUUUUUUGGCACCUACACCUGCUCUAUGUGUCUGAAAAAGUUCAAGUUCAGUCCCUUUUUCCCUACCAUGGUGAGGAAACUCAUCAGUGACUUCGCCAUCAUCUUGGCCAUCCUGAUUUUCUGCUGUGUUGAUGCUUUUGUAGGAGUCGACACACCAAAGCUAAUUGUGCCAACCGAAUUUAAGCCAACAAGCCCACAUCGCGGCUGGUUUGUGCCACCGUUUGGAGGCAACCCUUGGUGGGUUUACCUGGCAUCGGCCCUUCCUGCCCUGCUGGUCACCAUUCUGCUAUUCAUGGACCAACAGAUCACAGCCGUCAUCGUCAACCGGAAGGAGCAUAAGCUGAAGAAAGGUGCAGGCUACCAUUUGGACCUGUUCUGGGUGAGUGUAUUGAUCGCGCUGUGCUCCUUCAUGGGUCUGCCUUGGUACGUGGCUGCUACCGUCAUCUCCAUCGCCCACAUAGACAGUCUGAAGAUGGAGACGGAGACCUCGGCACCGGGGGAGCAACCCAAAUUUUUGGGGGUCAGGGAGCAGAGGGUAACUGGUGUUACCGUGUUUCUUCUAACUGGACUCUCUGUCUUCAUGUCUCCCAUUCUUAAGUUCAUCCCCAUGCCUGUCCUCUAUGGAGUCUUCCUCUAUAUGGGUGUGGCCUCACUCAAUGGAGUACAGUUCAUGGACCGCCUGAAGCUGCUUCUGAUGCCUGCCAAGCACCAGCCAGACCUGAUCUAUCUGCGGCAUGUGCCACUGCGCAAAGUUCACCUCUUCACCUUCGUCCAGCUGCUGUGUCUGGCUCUGCUUUGGAUCCUUAAGUCCACCGUGGCUGCCAUCAUCUUCCCUGUCAUGAUCCUAGCUUUGGUGGCUGUGAGGAAGGCUAUGGACUACGUCUUCUCUCAGCAUGACCUCAGCUUCCUUGAUGAUGUUAUACCGGAGAAGGACAAAAAGAAGAAGGAAGAUGAGAAGAAAAAGAAGAAGAAGACAAGAGAAAGCAUAGACAGUGACGCAGAUGAGUCUGAUUACCCAUUCGGUGAGAACGUGCCCAGCAUUAAAAUCCCCAUGGAUAUGAUGGAGCAGGAGCCUUUUUUAGGGGAUAAGGCCUCUGAGAGAGAAAAGUCAUUCCUUGACCGAUACACGUCGUGCUAAUAGAAGGCGCUACUAUGAGGAAAGUCUAAUGUCAAGUCCAGAGAGAAUACCACUAAAUGUGCCUCAAAUUAGAAUAGACUACGGUUCAGACAAUGAAGACAGUGACUACUUCUGGAGGAGUCUAGGGUCCGAGGCAUAAUUAUAGCUCCUCCCUCUGUCUGCCUAUUUAGCCAAUAACAAACCUAAACAAUGACGAAUCUACUUGGAUGGAAAGCCGUCUGAUCAAGGGAAUUUUUUCAAGGCAUUUCCGUCCGCCUCCCUGCCUGGAUACAUUCCACUCCAGAGUACCACAUCUGGACUCUCACCUUCAUGGAUGCCAUUUUAAACCUUCAUUUUGUUUCACAUGAUAAAGCUCACUCAUUGUUUGCUUACUUCUUAAGAACACUGGCUGACAUAAUAAUUCCUACUACUAUGCAAUUCAUAUGCAAUUCAUUCUUGUGUUGAUCAACUGAAAAUGCUGUACCUGGUUUAUGACCACACAUGGAGAGAAAACACUCCUCCAUUCUUGGCAGUUAAUUUUUUUUUCUUUUCUUUUGUAUAAGGAAUUACCAUUUUCCUGUAGCAGGAAAAUUAAUAUUUUGAUUUUUUUUUUAUUUUGUAGCUCUACCUCUAUAGACGAAAGGAAUUGUGUAAGAAAAAAAAUACAGAAAAAAAGAAUUGAGGUGUUGAUUUUUUUAUUUACUGAUUUUAUUUUAUGAGUUUUAAUGUUAAUAUCCUGCCUGUUGUACCUUCUGAACACAAUGUUGAACAGAAUAAUUGAAGAGUUACACCGUAUUACUGAAAUGGAGAAUAAUACCUACAUAAUGUUUUACCCUUUAAUCAUGUUGAUUUCUGCUUAGCUGUGUGAUUUAAUACAGUAUUAUGAUAUAUUUUUAUCCCUUUAAGAGUGAUUAAAUGACUUAAAGUAAGGGUUAUGCAAAGAGAUCUAAGCUAAUCAAUUAAUAACCAAAUAUCGGUCUAAAUUUCUUAUUUAUACAUUGCACUAUGGUUGUAUUACUCUGCAACCACAUCUGGUUAUUACAGCCAUUAACGUCUUCCUGCUUUUCAACCUAGUGACUUUCUAAAGUGACUUAACGAAGAAUCACAACAAUGCAUGAAAGAGUAAUUACUAACACUUUCUGUGAAGGUCAUAUUUAUAAUGAACUAUAAACACAUUCAUAUCAUGUUAUAAUGCAUUCAUAAGGCAUUAUACACAAUGUUACAUUUACAAUUUACUGCUAACUUUUAUGAAUGCAUUAUGAAUUGUUAACCUGAUGCACUAUAAGAAGAGAUGGCAUCAAACCACUUUUUUCUAUUCUGAUACUGAUACUGAGUAUCAGCCAAUAUCAAUAAC